CUCCUCCAACUCCGCACCUCCAAAAUGAAAACCAUGCUCAACCUCACCGUCAAGACGGGCAUCUAUAAAGAACCGCGCACCGAGCGCCUCUUCUGCUCCUCCACCGGCCUCGACGGCGACGAGCACGACCUCACCUUCCACGGCGGCGUCGACAAAGCCGUGCACCAAUACUACCCAGGCCACUAUGCCAACUGGCGGGCCGAGUUCCCGGACGCGGAGAGGAGAGAGGCGUUUACCCUCGGAGGGUUUGGCGAGAAUUUGGUGAGUGAAAAGAUGAAUGAGAGGAAUGUUUGUAUUGGGGAUAAGGUGCGGGUGGGUGGGGUGUUGUUGCAGGUUUGUUUGCCGAGGCAGCCGUGCUUUAAGUUGAAUCAUCGGUUUGGGGUGAAGGGGUUUGCGGCGCAGACGUGGAGGAAGAGUCGGACGGGGUGGUACUAUCGGGUUCUGGAGGAGGGGUGGAUGGGUGUUGGAGACUCGAUCGUGUUAGUUGAGAGGCUGCACCCCAAGUGGACGAUUGAAAGGAUACAGGAAUUUUUCCAUAGGGAUGACGGAAAUCUUGAGAUGUUGAGAGAGGUGACACAAAUCCCCGAAUUCGGUGAUGAAAUGAAAGGAGGCCUCAAACAAAAAAUUGACAAAUGCGAAGCUGCCCUCCUAGCAAAAGACAAGAAAAAGGACCCCGAGAAAUGGGAGGAAUUUACUCUCAUCGAGAAGAAACCCCAAACACCACACAUAACAUCCUUCACCUUCUCCAAACCCGGCACAGGCGAAGAACUUGAUCCGGGCUUCUUCGCUCGUCUCAAACUGCCCAACGGGCUCAUUCGUCCAUACUCCAUCGUUUCUGGAGACACGUGCAAAUUCCAGCUAGGCAUCAAACGCGAGGCUGACAGUCGCGGAGGAUCGAAGUAUCUGCACGAGGAAUUGAACGAGGGAGAUAAGAUUCUGGUGGGGAAUAUGACGGAGAGUGUGCCGAUCAAGGGACAGGCUUCGAAUCAUAUCUUUAUUGCGGGCGGGAUUGGGGUUACGGCGUUCUUGAUGCAUGCGGAUGUUUAUGGGCAGAUUAGUUUUAAUUAUACGCUGCAUUACGCGGAUAGUGGGGAGGAGGAGAUCCCGUUUAAAGAGGAGAUUGGGAAAUUGGGAGACGAUGGAAGGGUGAGGAUUUAUGAUAAGGGGAAGAGGGAGAGGAUGGAUAUUGGGAGGAUUUUGAGGGAGAGGAGCUGGAAUUCGUAUGUCUAUGUGUGUGGACCGCAGAGGAUGAUUGAUGAGACGGUGAGGCAGGCGAAGAUGUUGGGGAUCGGGCAGGAUGAGAUUCAUUAUGAGGCGUUUCAGAUGGAUACGACGGGCGAUCCGUUCUCGGUGGAGGUGAAGAAGACGGGGAUGAGGUUGCAGGUUGAGGAGGAGAAGACGUUGUUGCAGAAGUUGAGGGAGGCGGGGUUGGAGGUUGAUUCUAGUUGUGAGACGGGGAAUUGUGGGACUUGUCGGGUGGAGGUUUGUGAGGGGAAGGUGGAGCAUAGGGGGAGUGGGUUGGCUGAGGAGGAUAAGGGGGUUGCGAUGUUGAGUUGUGUUUCUAGAGGGGUGGGACAUUUGGUUAUUGAU